CUAAUUCAAUCAAGGGAUCCCUGUAUGGAUGUCGAUGAAAACAAACACGUUGAAGACCCAGACCAAUCCCUCAAGCGGACCAUGAUGCCGUUCUAAGUGGUUGACUUCCGAUUUUGGGCUUAGACAAACAGACAGACUCUUCCUUCCGUUCGUGCCAUCCUCACCCUAUUCGUCAUCCUCCUCAUCAUGACGGGCUUUUCGGAAUCAGUCCUGGAGAAGAAGCUCACGGAGAUGAACAACACGGCGCCCAGCAUUCAGCAGCUCUCAUUGUGGCUCAUGCAUCACAAGAAACAUUUUGCGGUGGUGGUCAAGACGUGGUAUCGCCAAUUGUGCUUGGCCUCCAAUCAGAAGAAGCUCACGUUCCUGUAUUUGGCCAAUGAUGUGGUUCAGAAUACGAAGAAAAAGUUCCCCGAAUACACGCGGGAGUUCGGCUCUAUCUUGAAGAAGGUCAUGGAGCAUUUGGCCGUGCUUAACAUGGACGAGAAGACCGUCAAGGCUAUUGGACGACUUUUAAGUAUUUGGAAAGAUCGCAUCAUUUUCGAUCCCAAGGUCCAGGUGGAUUUGGAUCGAAUUUGGGCCACCAAAUCCCUGGAAAUGAAGGCCGUGCCCGAUCCUCUCACCUCACCACCCUCGGCCAAAAAGUCCAAAUUGGAUUCACCUCACAAGAUCAAAAAAAAAAUCCGCGUGUUUGUGGCCUCCGAUGAAGACACGAGUGGGGCCAACCAAUCCGAUGAAAAUAGUCACGAUCGUUCUAGUGAUGUGUUAAAAUCCUUAAUCAGUCCCACCAUCUCCUUGGAAGAUGGAGGGUCAACGCCUCAACCGGACGCUGACCCACCGGAUCCGGAGGUACUCAUCAAGGCGCUACAAGACCUCGAGAAUGCGGCCUCUUCCGACGCGGUGGUCCGUGAGAAAAUUGCGGCCUUGCCAUCGGAAGUGAGUGAAGUCAGCCAUUUGGACGAACUCAAUUCCACCGACGAAGGCCAGUCCCUAUUGCAAAGAGUGGAGGACGCCACAAGCCUGUUGAAAGACUACAACGUUCGUCUUCAACAAGAAUUGGAGGAGCGCAAGAAAGUGGGCAAGAUGAUAUCGAACUUCUUGGCCGCCCAAAAGGACUUGGAGUCCCAAGCCGAGGAGCGACUCGAGCAAUACCGAGACAAACUCGAGAAAGUGAAUGCCGUGCGUGAAGACCUCAAGUCUCACAUUCAAAGCUUGCCGGAUCUGACUCAGUUACCCGACGUCACGGGCGGGCUGGCUCCUCUCCCGUCGGCCGGGGACCUGUUCACCUUGAAAUGA